AUGAAAGUUGAUGAAACCCCCGAAGGAGCAAAAAAUUUGUCUGCCACCGGUAUGUUCCUUACCGAAUAUGAAUUGCUUCUGGCUCAAAAGAAUCUUGUAAAUCCCAUCGCGUUUUUAUACACCAGAUUUUCAGAGGGUAAGAAACUUUCUCGGAAAGAACUUAAGAAACUACAGAAGAAGGCGGAUUAUGAACGGGAAAUACUGUCUAUGGGUGGAAAGGUCGAAGGCUUGGAACUUGACAGUGAGAAGAGUGAAAAGAUUGGUGGAAUUGGUUCGGGCGCGGAGUUGGGACAACAGUUCUCUGUUUCUCAGCAGGCCAAAACUACAGCUCAACUUUCACAGCUUGAAAAUGCUGCCGAUAUUAAGGCUAGCCGAGUUUUAUUCCACAAAGCCGAUUUGACCAUUGCCUUUGGCCGGCGAUAUGGCUUGGUUGGACCAAACGGCAUGGGUAAAACAACAUUACUAAAACACAUUGCUGCACGAAAGCUAAAUAUACCGCCUAAUAUUGAUCUUCUGUAUUGCGAACAAGAAAUCGAGGUGGAUGAUACGUCGGCUGUUGACACUGUAGUUAAAUCAGAUAAAGUUCGCAUGAAUUUGUUACAAGAGGAAAUUAAUUUAACAAAACUUUUGGAAGAAGGUGAUUCUUCGGUGGGCGAACGCCUUAAAGAAGUAGCCGAAGAGUUGAGGACAAUAAAAGCAGAUGCUGCUGAACCAAGGGCACGGCGUAUAUUGGCGGGUCUUGGGUUUACAAAGACUAUGCAAGAAAAGCCAGUAUCUGCAUUUUCUGGUGGAUGGAGGAUGCGCAUAUCUUUAGCCAGAGCUUUGUAUUUGGAACCGACGCUUUUGAUGCUUGAUGAACCUACGAAUCAUCUUGAUUUGAAUGCAGUUAUUUGGCUUGAUAAGUAUGGAUAUUAUUUACAGUCCUGGAAGAAGACACUACUAAUUGUUUCUCACGACCAAGGCUUCUUAGAUAGCGUUUGUACUGAUAUAAUUGAUCUUCAGAGUCAGAAGCUUUACUAUUAUAAAGGAAAUUAUUCUUCUUUCAAGAAAAUGAAGGAUCAGAAAGUCCGAAAAUAUAUUAAAGAAUACGAGUCUCAGCAGAAACAAAUUGCCGCAAUGAAAAAAAGUGGGAAGAGCGCUAAACAGGCGAAUGAAGAAAUGAAAAUUCGGUUACAAAAUAAACAGAAUAAGGGAGGAAAGACAAAGAAAGGAAGUUCUGCAACCAUCGGUGAUGAGGAAGAUGAGCCACCACCUGAAUUGCUGCAACGCAUAAAAGAAUACAAUGUUAAAUUUUCUUUCCCUUCACCGCCGAAAUUGCCUCCUCCGGUCCUUGGUCUCCACAACGUCACCUUUGGUUACGGUGACCUGCAGCUCCUUAAAAACGUGGAUUUUGGCGUGGAUAUGGAAUCAAGGAUAGCAAUUGUUGGCCAAAAUGGUGUUGGGAAGUCAACGUUCUUAAAACUUUUAUGUGGAAAGUUGGAGCCGUUAGUUGGUGAGGUGAGAAAACACCGACAGUUGAAGAUUGGAUGGUUUGAUCAGCAUUCUAAUGAGGCUCUUAAUAAGGAACAGUCACCGGUAGAAUAUUUGUGUUCAAGGUUUCAAAUUGAUUAUCAGGAAGCCAGAAAAAGGCUUGGGACUGUGGGUCUUCCAAGUCAUUCACACACUAUAAAAAUUAAAGAAUUGUCUGGUGGACAGAAAUCUCGUGUUGCUCUUGCCGAUUUAGCGCUUAGCGCUCCAGACAUUUUAGUCUUGGACGAACCUACUAACAAUUUGGAUAUCGAGUCAAUUCACGCAUUAGCCGAGGCAAUUGAAAGUUAUGAUGGUGGUGUAAUUAUGGUAACUCAUGACGAACGCUUAAUUAGAGAAACCAAUUGUCAAUUAUGGAUUAUCGAAGAUCAAGAUAUUGCUGAGAUAGAUGGCGACUUUGACGACUAUAGAAAGGAAAUUCUAGACCAGUUAGGCGAAACUUUAGAGAACCCUGAACGGUGA